UUAUGUGAUUUGCGCCUAUAGUGCGCACAAAGAAAACAGUGGAGAAACGGCGCAGAGCAAAGUGUGGGGUUUGUGAAAUUUGCGCCUAAAUCUAAAUCUGGAUCCACCAACACAACAAUGGCUUCGCUUCCCGCGUUCCGCUAUCUACUCUUCAGCCACCUCUAUCGCCACCCUUUGCUACCCUCAGUUCUCCACAGAAAACUCUCAAUCCCGUUUCCCCAUUCUCGCUUAUCUUCCACUCCCAAACUCCGUGCUAUCCCUAGAGAUAAUUAUAAUAAUCAUACUCUGAUGCUGAAGACAGAUGAGAGGGUGUGGGGGUCUGGAACACUGAACCCUUCUAAUCCCCCGUUUACCAAUUCAAGCACCAUUGCGGCCAUUGUCACUUCAUUGGCUGGACCGCCGGCUGCCGUUGGGAUAGUCCGCCUUUCGGGGCCGUCUGCGGUGUCGAUUGUUGGCCGUCUUUUUCGUUCCUUGAAGAAGAAGAAGAGGAGAAAGGACGACCCUUCUGAAUGGAGGCCUAAAAGCCAUGUUGUGGAGUAUGGUGUAGUUUCUGAUUCUCGCGGGAAUGUGAUUGAUGAGGUUUUGGUUGUUCCCAUGUUAGCUCCAAAAUCAUACACUCGAGAAGAUGUGGUAGAGCUUCAGUGUCAUGGAAGUGAAGUAUGCUUGAAUCGUGUGUUGAGGGCUUGUCUGGAGGCUGGGGCUAGGCUUGCCGAGCCAGGCGAGUUCACUCUUCGUGCAUUCUUAAAUGGGCGUUUAGACCUCUCUCAGGCUGAGAAUGUGGAAAAACUUGUAUCAGCUAAGUCAAUGGCUGCUGCUGAUGCUGCAUUGGCAGGACUACAGGGAGGUUUCUCUUCUUUGGUAAAAUCUCUAAGAAUGCAGUGCAUUGAGUUGCUUACUGAGAUUGAAGCUCGACUAGAUUUCGAUGAUGAGAUGCCGCCCCUGGACUUGAACAUAAUUAUGGAGAAAAUAUAUGGGAUGUUGAGAGAUGUGGACAGUGCACUGGAAACUGCCAACUAUGAUAAGCUUCUGCAGUCUGGAUUACAGAUUGCAAUUGUUGGUAGACCAAAUGUUGGAAAAUCAAGCCUUCUUAAUGCAUGGAGCAAAACUGAGAGAGCAAUAGUUACGGAUAUUGCUGGAACCACGAGGGAUGUAAUAGAAGCUAGUAUUUCUGUCUGUGGUAUCCCCGUCAUCCUUCUUGAUACAGCGGGUAUAAGAGAAACUGAUGAUGUAGUGGAGAAAAUUGGUGUGGAGCGAUCUGAAAAAGUUGCUGAAAAUGCUGAUGUAAUUAUAAUGACUGUUAGUGCAACAGAGGGUUGGACUACAGAGGAUGCUAGACUUCUUGAAAGAAUUCAAAGCAACAAGACUGCAUCAGGGUCGAGUUCUCCAAUAAUUCUAGUAGUCAACAAAAUAGACUGUGCUCCAUUUGCUUCUGAAUUGGUCGAUGCAUGUGGCUUCUCUUUUAACAAGAAGAUUUUUACCUGUGCUGUCACUGGUCAUGGAAUUCAAGAUCUGGAGGCAGCAAUAGUCGAGAUUGUGGGUCUCAACAAGAUUCCUGCAGGGGGUCGCAAAUGGACUGUCAACCAGAGGCAGUGUGAGCAACUUAUUCGGGCAAAAGAUGCAUUCACCAGGCUCAAGUCUUCAAUAGCAGAGGAGCUGCCCUUUGAUUUUUGGACGAUUGAUCUAAGGGAAGCUGCGCUGGCCCUUGGGCAAAUUAGCGGAGAUGAUAUUUCUGAAGAGAUAUUAACUAACAUAUUUGGAAAAUUCUGCAUUGGGAAAUAGUUUCUUUUUCUUUCUACUUUUUAUCCGGUGUAUACUGCCAACAUUAUACAGACUAUUACUCUUGAUGAAAUUGAUUACUUCAUAAAAUGACAGCAAAGGAAGAAACAUUAAGA